AUGUCGGAAGAAGAAUUUACGCCAGGUACUGCUGAAUCUUUUGGGUACACGGAAGAUGAAACAUUCAUGAUCGAGGAUGAAGAUGGUGAUGAUGGAUUUGAAAAUACCACAAGACUCAGAGAAGAAGAACACAAGGAAGCCGAGUAUCAAAUAUUGACGUUGGAUGAGAUCAUUAAAGAACAAAGAACAGAAAUUGAAAAUAUUGUCGGUAUUAUGGGCGUUACAGAUGCUUCUGCAAAGGUUUUAUUAAGAAAAUUUGAGUGGAAUUCUGAGAAGCUUUUAAACACAUUUUUCGAAAGAGGAAAAGAAGGAGUAUUGAAAUAUGUAGGCUUGAGUGAAAAUGACAUUCAAGAUGCUUCAUGUAUGACUGUAGAGGGUGAUGAAUUUGAAUGCCCACUCUGCUAUGAUGAUGUCCCUGCAGCUAAUUGUACAAAAUUACCUGCAUGUUCUCACGCUUUUUGUGAUAAUUGCUGGAAAAGUCAUAUAGAAAGUAAGAUCAAUGAAGGCAAGCAACAAAUCUUUUGUCCAGAAGUUGGAUGUAACAGCAUUAUUGACGACGACAUUAUUUCUAAAUUUGUUUCUGGUGAGAAGAAGCAAAAAUUCGAAAGAAAGUUCAUUGAAUCAUAUGUCGAAGAUAACAAAUCUGUAAAGUGGUGUCCAUCUACUCCAUGCUGUGGCAGAUGUGUAAGAGUUAAUGUACCGCACACAACUCCGCUCGAAAUUGAAUGUACUUGCGGGCAAAUCUUUUGCUUUGCAUGCACAAAAUAUCCCCACUCGCCAGCAACUUGCAACAUGCUCACAGCUUGGCAAAAGAAGUGUAAGGAUGAUAGUGAGACUUUUAACUGGUUGAAUUGCAACACAAAGGACUGCCCAAAAUGUGGUACUCCAAUCGAGAAAAAUGGAGGAUGUAACCACAUGCACUGUCAGAAAUGUCAACAUCAUUGGUGUUGGGUUUGCAGAAAGGACUUCGAUCAUAAAACCUACAGCCAUUCUUGCGGUAAAUUUGAGGAAGAUUCCAACAAAGAACAUGCUAGACAAUCCCUCGAAAGAUAUCUGCACUAUUACAAUAGAUAUAAAGCACAUGAGGACUCUAGAAACAGAGAGACUAAAACAAGAGACACUAUUAAGGAGAAAAUGAGAGAAAUGUUCUCAUUGAGACCAAAUUCAGCAUGGAUUGAGGUUCAAUGGGUCGAGCAGGCCAUGUUAACAUUAUUCAAUUGCAGAAAGGGACUUCAAUUUUCCUAUGUCUUCAGUUAUUACAUGUUUGAUCCUACAUCCAAUGCUAACGCUGAAAUAUUACAAGGAUGUAAACCAUUGGUGACUGAUAAAAUCAGAACAAGUGCAAAGAAUGUUUUAGAAGACAACAUUGAACAAUUGGAAAACGCGACAGAAAAGUUAUCAAACUUUUUAGAAAAGCCAGUGAAACAAUUCUUUGAAGAGUCCAUCAAACAAGAUAUUAUUGGCACAAGUGUUUUGUGUGACAGUAGACUUCAAUCUGUGUUUUCUGUAGUCAGAGAUGAUCUUAUGAUUUCUGGCGAAUUUGGAUGCCCUCGUCCCAAGUCAACAGUAGCCGCAAAAAGUAGCUCCAUUAAAUCAGGACAAAGCAUGCUCAGCCAAAUCAUAGAACUCGAAGAGAAGAAAUUGCGACAUAAAAAAGAGUUGGAAAAGCAAGAAGAACUUCUACGUGAUAUGAGCAUGACUGACGAGGAAUGGGAAUUGCAGAAAGCAAUUUUAGAAUCCAUGAAGCAAUAA